AUGGGCAAGAAGCGAGCGCGCGAAGAGGGCAGGGAGGUCCCACCUGCCGACGUUGACAAGAUGGUCGAGGACAGCUCCGACGACGAGGAUUUCGAUAUGGUUAAUGUCGAUUUUGAGUGGUUUAACUUUGACCCCGAGGUCGACUUUCACGGAACCAAGACGCUCCUGCGACAACUAUUCGACGUCGAUGCAAACCUCUUCAACAUGUCUGCCCUCUCCGAUCUCAUUCUCUCACAACCCACCAUUGGCUCUACUAUCAAGGUAGACGGAAAGGCUAACGAUGCCUACGCUCUGCUCACUGUGCUAAACACGGCUGUCCAUCAAGACAAGGAGCCUAUGAAGGACAUCAUCAAGUACCUGGUGGAUAAGGCGCAGGCCAACUCGUCCUUGGCACCCGUUGCCGAUGUGCUCAACACUGGCAAGCAUGUGGGACUCGUGUUCUCCGAACGUCUCAUCAACAUGCCUUCCGAGCUGGCGCCACCGCUUUACUCGAUGCUUAUCGAUGAGGUGGAGGCGGCCGUCGAGGAUAAGGAGCCUUACGAUUUCUCUCAUUACCUGAUCUUGUCCAAGACAUACCAGGAGCUCGAGUCCAAGCUAGAUGUCGAGAACCAGAAGCGCAAAAAGGCAAAGGAGGAGGCUGGCAUGUACUAUUUCCACAUGGAGGAUGAGGUGCUGCACAAGCAUGCGGUUGCGCAUGGAAACUUCAACUACACAAAAGAGGAUGAGUCGGCGGCAGACAGCAAGCGAGCGUUCCAAGAAUUGGGCGUCAAGGCGCAUGGACACAUGAUCCUCAUCGAAGCGAACAAGUUUCCAGGGGCGGUCAAGGCCGUUAAUAAAUAUUUAAGUGCUGCGCAAUAG